AUGGCGGACGAAAUACCGCAGGGCCUCAAGCAGGCCGACAUCAACCUCUACAAGACGGCUACCAGAGCUACCCAGCUGUCAAAUGUCAAGCCCAUCGUCGCAUACUGGUGCGAAUACUACGUUGUCAACCAGAUCCUGGCGAGGAACCUACACAGCACCGAUGCAGACACCCUCAACUACACAACCAACCUGAUGGACAAGCUGGAACAGACCAAGAACGAAUACGCGAACGAGGAUGCGAUCAUGGACGACGCCACCGCCCAGGCAUACAUCGAGCAGUUCGCGCAGGAGACCUUGGACAGGGCAGAACGCGUUAUCAAAGCCGGCAAGGUCACCCAGCAGACAGCUAGCACCUUCGACGCUGCUCUGACCUUCUUCAACCUCGUCAAUAUCUGGGGCCCACCCGACACCGAGACGCAGCAGAAGAUCAAGUACGCCAAGUGGAAUGCCGCGCGUAUCACAAGGGCUAUAAAGGAGGGCAAGGACCCGAACGAGUCAAACCCCAAGAAGGAGGACCUGCCACCCCAGCAACCGGCCCUUGACCCUACCGAUCCUGACGUUCAAGCGCUGGGGAGUCCAUCCGCACAGGGACAAGACCAGGUGCCAAAAGCUGCGACGGUGGAGGAUGCACCAGAUCCAGAUCUCAAGAGGGACUCAGCAGGAGUCUCCUUGCCCCAUACUCCGGUCCUCCCGGAUCCCCCUGCCUCUGUCCCCGACAACGACGAACUGAAGCUUCCAAGUGCGCCGGGCUACGGUGAUGAGGCAGGGUCUACUGCCUCGCCUGGCUACUUCGACCCGCCACCAACUUUGCCGUCCCCUAUUUCGCCGCCAACAAACGAACCGACCAGCUUUACGCCAACUGCUGGCGCCCCUGGCCCCUCAGCUCCUGAAUGGACACCGACACCUCCGCCGGCCUCGUCGUCAUUCGCACCACCAUCUGCCCCGUCAGGGCCACCGACCUUCGCCCCGAGUGCUCCAUCGACCGCGGCCGUCGCACCCCCGCCCACGUUCUCCCCACCACCUACAAACCUAACCCCUCAAAACAUUCCACCGCCGGCUAGCAUCCCGCGGCCCGUCGCCCCUACUCCAACCAGCUUUGCCAGCUCGGUUCCGGCCCCCACAGCGCCGGGCGGGUUCGGCCAACAGGCCCCGGCCGCGUUCACCGCGGACGACGCGGCCAUGUCUCAGGCACAGAAGCAUGCAAAGUGGGCGAUCUCGGCGCUGAACUUCGAAGAUGUGCCCACCGCCGUUCGGGAGCUGAGGCGCGCUCUCGAGACCCUAGGGGCGAGCUGA